UUUCUAUCCAAAGACCUGCCAUACUAUCACAAAAUGAUCUAUAGGUAUAACUCAAAGCCAUCAAGCCAUGGGAUUAACACAAUCAUGGAUUAUGGCCGGGAGCUAAUAGAAGAGCUCAAGGAGGUCCGGAAUUUAGAUGAGGCAAGCGUUAUUAAUAUAAUACCGGAACUAACGCUCCGGUGCCAGCCCCAUGCUCCAGUUGGUAGGGACCCCAUACCAAGCAAAUGUCACACAGUAAGCGUGCACAAUGUGGAUACCCGCCCGGAGCAAUUCCGUUCUCGAUUUGGUAAAUAA